CGGGCCGGGGCCGCCCGCCCCCGCGUCGCGGGCUCUUUAAGGUCGGCGGUUUUUCGCAGCCAGCCCGGGGCGGGGAAAGCGGAGCGCGCGCUCCACGCGGGACCGCCUCCCGGGCCGUCUGAGCAGAGGGCGGGGUGCAGGCGGAAUGGCCCUCGUGCCCUAUGAGGAGACCACGGAAUUUGGGUUGCAGAAAUUCCACAAGCCUCUUGCAACUUUUUCCUUUGCAAACCACACGAUCCAGAUCCGGCAGGACUGGAGACACCUGGGAGUCGCAGCGGUGGUUUGGGAUGCGGCCAUCGUUCUUUCCACGUAUCUGGAGAUGGGAGCUGUGGAGCUCAGGGGCCGCUCUGCCGUGGAGCUGGGUGCUGGCACGGGGCUGGUGGGCAUAGUGGCUGCCCUGCUGGGUGCUCAUGUGACUAUCACGGAUCGAAAAGUAGCAUUAGAAUUUCUUAAAUCAAACGUUCAAGCCAACUUACCUCCUCAUAUCCAACCCAAAACUGUUGUUAAGGAGCUGACUUGGGGACAAAAUUUGGGGAGUUUUUCUCCUGGAGAAUUUGACCUGAUACUUGGUGCUGAUAUCAUAUAUUUAGAAGAAACAUUCACAGAUCUUCUUCAAACACUGGAACAUCUCUGUAGCAAUCACUCUGUGAUUCUUUUAGCAUGCCGAAUUCGCUAUGAACGGGAUAACAACUUUUUAGCAAUGCUGGAGAGGCAAUUUACUGUGAGAAAGGUUCACUACGAUCCUGAAAAAGAUGUACAUAUUUACGAAGCACAGAAGAGAAACCAGAAGGAGGACUUAUAAUUGGCUAUAAUUUAUAAGAAUGUUGUCAUUGAGUGUGUCACUUAAGGUCUUAGACUGCAAAUCUAACCAUAUUUAAUGAAAUGUCUUACUGUACAAAAAGUCUAAGCCAAAGGUUCUCAGGGGAGAAAGCACAUGUGCAGUUUUAAAACAAAGCAGUGCUUUGUCCCAUUACUGUGAUUUUUAGUCAGACUUUACUCAGUCUGAAAUGCAAUUAACAUUAAAGGAUUAAGUGUGAGAUUUCGAUUUAUGCUAUUUGUGUAUCCCAUACUCCUCCCUUUUAAUAAACAGUUUCCACUGAUGAUAUGAAGGGCCGGUAUAAAGAAGUCUUUAAAUGAGUAAGCUUUCUUUGGUAAGAUUAAAUCUUACAAAUUAUUUUUAAAACCUUCUGAUAUAUACAAUGUUUAGCCGAGUUUUCUAAUUUUCUGGAUGUAAAACAAAAGGUUUAACCUAUACAUUCCUUGAGCUGUUAGUGCUAUUUAAAUCUUUUGCCCUGUUUAGGUCCUAAACACUUUUAGUUGAGUAGGAUAUGAGCUUUUUUGGGUCUCAUAUCAUGCUUUUUGCCUUAAUUUCAGGUAUAUAUAUAUAUAAAUAAAGGAAUUAAGUAAAAAUAAAAUUUCAGUUACUUUUUAAAAGCACCUGAAAUCUGGCCAGAUGCGGUGGCUCAUGCCUGUAAUCCCACCACUUUGGGAGGCCGAGGCGGGCAGAUCACCUGAGGUCAGGAGUUCAAGACCAGCCUGGCCAACAUGGUGAAACCCCAUCUCUACUAAAAAUACAAAAAUUAGCCGGGCGUGGUGUCAGGCGCCUGUAAUCCCAGCUACUCAGGAGGCUGAGGCAGGAGAAUCGCUUGAACCUGGGAGGCAGAGGUUGCAGUGAGCUGAGAUUGCACCAUUGUACUCCAGCCUGGGGGGGACAAGAGCGAGACUCCAUCUCAAAAAAAAAAAAAAAAAGCACCUGAAAUCUUGAAUAGGUUUUCUAUUUCAAGUCAAGAGCUGAGGUUUUCCCCUUCUGUUUUACCCUUGCUCAAAUGUCUUAAUGCAGUUCUUUCCCAAGCUUUCCCUGCUUCCUUAACAACGCAUAGGAUGACAUUAAAAGUUUUAAAUCUCAUCCCUGACUGAGAGGUUAGCUUCCUACAUAUAAGCUCCUUUUGUAUUGGACUUGUAAUUGCUCAUUCAGUGUUAGUAUUGCCCUGUAGAGUGUAAGCUCCUUGAGGGCCAAGAAUGCUUCUGCCUCUUCCAUUGUUGCUUCCCCAGUACCUUCUGUAUAUUUCAUAACCAAAUAAUGAAAAAGAUAUAUUCCAUUUAAAGGGCAUUGACUUUGGGUUAAAUGAUUGUUAUAUUGUUUUAGGAUUAUCUAUGAUACACUUUGACAUCUCACACACACACAUGAACUUUUCUUUUUACAAUGCAAAAGUUUAAACAAUAGCUUAAAUUUAGACUGCAAGAAUAUUAUAAUCUCAAUAUGGUAUUUGGUACUAGAGAUAGAUUUCUUUUAUAAAAUCUUAAAAACAGGACGUUCUCUUCCUUUUGAACCUUUAUCCCAGAGGUGAAAAUAUCCAAUAUGUUGUUUUCUGCAUAUAUUGAAGUAGUAGUUUCACUUUAAUAAAGAUGGAUUAAAAGUUG